GCUUCGAGGUAUCGUAGGACUCCACACAAAUGUGGAGGUUCAGGAAUCCACAUAUUUGGGAGGAAAAGCCGUUUGGACCGGGCUUAGAAGAUUCAUCAGCUGCUCAUGUUGGAGAGGGGUCAUAUACCUAUGCUGGUUCUUUGCCAUCUAUGCUACACAACGAGAAUAGACGCGAGAGCAGAAACAUGCAAGAAGCUAGCAAUGCGUAUGAUCGCAGUAUACUCUGCAAAUUCCAUCCGUUUGAGACUUCCACUCUUCUCCCACGUCGAGACCCCUUUCCAGAAAGGAAUCAUCAUGCACGCCGCCAGGCAAACGAUCACCGCCAGCUUCCCACGAUCGGAGAUAAUCUGUUUGACCACCCUGAGAUUGCAAAAAUGAUGCCGUUUCCCGCCCUUCCAGAUCGAUAUCUACACUACUCAGAACUAGUGACUCGGCGUCUCUGCGACCUCGACAAUCCUCAGAACGGAUUGGUUCAGCCCAAAUUUUGCUUUCCGCUCAAGCCCGAUCGCGAUGGAAACUAUAUUGAAAUGCAAACCCAUCAGCCUUGCCGCGGCUGCCGACACUUUCGAUCCGAGAUUGAGACUGACCCUGCCUCUAAAAUUGAGAGUGUUCCGCUCAUUAAGCUGCCGGUAAUUGCACACGGACACGGAUCUCAUCAUGCCGCUCCCCCUGAUCCUACCUCUGAUCCUACUGCUGGUGCUACAGCUGGGACUGCUGGAAUUCCCGAAAAUGAACUCAUUCAGCCCCAUGCUGAAGAGGACGCAGGCGGGUAUGACGCAGACGAGGAGGACGAGAACGGACAAGUCACCGAAGGCCCUGAAGGAAUCUCAGACGACGUGGACGACGGAGACGGAGAGGCCAUGGAGGGCAUUGAAGGCGGAGAAUUUGACGAAGAAUUCGUUGACGAGAUGGACGAAGACGCAAUUCAAGAAAUCCAAAAUGACGAGACCAUCGCACACAUUGAGAACAGAGGAGCUGGUAAAGGGGCAGUAAACAGCGGCCACACCACCGAGGACGAACAGGCAGUCAUCUCCAUGGGCGGAUCUACCUGGCGAGUCAUUCCUCUUAAUGACGGAAGUGGCCAGAAUAGGUACGAAGAAGUAGAGGGCAACGGAGGUGGAGAAGCGUCUGUUGAUGCCAUGGAUGAAGAUGGAAUCGACCACUUUGCUAGAAAUGAGCCUAAUGCGGGUGAUAAGCACGGAGGAGACAGUGCCAAAAUUGAAAAGAACGAUGAUCAUGAUGCUGCUGAGGACGCACAGGAAGUUAUUUUCAUCAAUGGGUGCGCUUGGCGACUCGCCCCGCGCAAUGAUGGGCGUAGAAGGACUUGGUACGAGCGCGUCCCAGAUCAUGAAUUGGAUACCGUUCAGGAGUGGCAGCAGGCUAUUGAUUUUCCUUAGUACGAACAGAUGAGGUACGGGAUGGAACACUGACCACAAUCGUCAAGGUCGAUGCGCGAUACAUGAUGCACGAUGCGUGGUGCGUGGUGCGUGGUGUGUGAGGCAAGACACCUGAUACCUACUCUCUAUUACCUGUGACCCGAUAUUCUCUUCACAGUCCUGCAUGGUUACAUUCAUCAACAUUUCACAAAGAUUUUUUUUUUCCGAGCCUGAGACCAAGGGGACGCGGAUCUCUGAAACCAGAU